AUGAAGGUGCGGCGGAUAUUAAAACGGGGGUAUGGCGGAGUGCGGGACGGGGUAAAUGUCAAGACCGAUUUACCCUUUUUUUCUUCUGAUCGCCUCUCCCCCGCUCUCCCUCGUCGUCUCUCCCUUUCCUCGUUUCUCCAUGCACAGGCAGUAGAGCAGCAGAUGGAGAGGCUAAGGGACGAGGUCAGCAGGUACAAGGGGCAGCACCAGCGAGACACAGAGACGGUCAGUCGCUUCCUCCUCUCCCACAGAGACGGUCAGUCUCACAGAGACGGUCAGUCUCACAGAGACGGUCAGUCUCACAGAGACGGUCAGUCUCACAGAGACGGUCAGUCUCACAGAGACGGUCAGUCUCACAGAGACGGUCAGUCUCACAGCGACGGUCAGUCAGCUCUUGUGCGAGCGCCUCUUUUGCUUCUCUCCCUCCAUUCUUCCUCUGCUCCUCUCACCACUGUGUUUCAGCUGCAGUCUUCGGAGUGGCAAGCGUUGCAGGAGGUACAGGAGGAGCGGGAGCAGCGGAGGGAGUUAGAGACGUCCCUAAUCUACCUCCACCACACGCUCCUGGAAUUGCUACCGCCAGACCUCCUCACCGACCCGCCUGUCUUUCACACCUAUACCCACCCUCCUAUUUUCCCACCGGACCUCCUCUCGAACCUCUCAGAAACUCCGUCGCACCUUCUCACAUCGGACGACCAUGAAGACCCUUGUAACCCCCCUAUGAUUCCACCGGGCCUGCUCUCGAACCUUUCUGAAACCCCGUCGCACCUUCUCACAACGGACGGCCACGCACACCCCUGUGACCCUUCUGAGACGUCUCACAAGCUGCCAGACCUUUCGAAAACGCCAUCACAGGUGGUGCUUCCAUCCGAUGGCCACGCGUACCCGUCUGCUCCUUUUGAGACGACUCAGGAGCCGUUGGAUCUCCCUGAAACGCCUUCAUCUCAAGCCCUCGCAGAGGACGUUUACGGCUCUUUUGUCCCUUCUGACCCUUCCCAUUUCCCUCCAUGCUCGUUGGCCUUAGAUGAUACUCCUUGCACUUCCCAUAACGAGGGCUGCACUAACGAGGAUACCACCAGCGAGGGCUGUGCCAAGGAGGCGAGUGGCAGCAGCGGUGUGCUGGAGUGUGGAUGUGGCAAGUCGGGUUGUGCCACGCUUCUGGUGCCUCCGGAAGAGAGCAGCAGCGUGAGUGGUGCUGCAGGUGCCGCGAACGUUGCGUGUGGCAGCAGCAACAGCAGCAGCAGCGCCAGUACCGGUGCCAGCUCCAGCAGCAGUGCAAGCAGCACGCCGCCAUUCGCGCCUGUCUCAGAGCACACCGCUUCUCCUCCGGCUCCCCUCGCCGCCCUCUCUCUCCCUCUCUUCGCCUCUCGCCUUCUACAGCUGCAUAUCGAUUCACCCUCCGCACUCUCUCCCUCUCCUCCUGCUCCUUCGUCUGCUCCUGCUGCUCCUGCUGCCCCUCCUCUCCCUCCUGCUGCCUCUGAAUCGGAGGAGGGAGCAGGAAGUGUGGCAGCUGGGGCACAGACGGGAGCUGGGCAGAGGAGCCCGGGGGGUCGGGUAGGGCUGAGAGGAGAGGGGGACGGGGAGGAGGUGCAUUGGGUGAGAGAGGGUUGGUUGAAGUUGAAGGUUGGUGGGGAGAGGGCAGGAGACCGAGACGGGGUCGAAAGGGUGGGACGGGGGAUUGGGAGGAGGAUCGGAGUGAGGACGGUAGGAAGAGAGAGGCCAAGGUUGGAGGAAGGAAAAGAGGUGGCAAGUGGGACGGGAGGGGGUUGUGGGAGGAGCGAGCAGCAGAGGAUGCGGUGUGGACGAUGUGAGGCUCUGGACGGGGCUAGGGUAGGAGUGGGGAGAGGAGGAGGGGCAGUGGAGGGGAGAGGGGUGGAUGAGGGGGAGAAGACUGCGGUGCAGAGGGGUGGUAAUGCUUCUAUGUGUGUGUUGGGGACGACUUUUGAGGCGCCUCAAAAGAAGACUGCGGUGCAGGGUAAUGCUUCUAUGUGUGUGCUGGGGAAUGCUACCGCCCUGCAACCUGCCCUUCCCAGGUCUACCUCCCCGAAACCUACCUUCCCCAAGUCUGCCCUUUCCGAAUCUGCCCUCUCCAAAUCUCCCCUCCCCGAAACCUCCGCCCAUGAAUCCGCUCUCCCCCCGUCGCUGUCCCCGCUGGUGCCGGUGCUGCUGCUGGCUCGCGUGGCGUGCCCGUGCUGCCAAGUUGAAGGGCUGCAGUGGUUGUGCGAGGGGUGCGGGGCCAAGGGGAGGUGGGACGGAGAGAGAAACGGGGGGACAGGGUAUCGGGUGAAAAGGGUAGAGAAAGCGAGAGAGGAAGAGAAAGAGGAAUGCAGAGAGGAGGAGAGCGAGGAGGAGAGGGAGAAGGAGGGAGGAAGAGACGGAAAAAGGGAGAGAUUGGAGGAGUGGCAGGUGAAGGCGGUGAGAGGGGAGGAGUCAGGGGAGGAGUCAGGGAAGGAGUCAGGGGAGGAGUCAGGGGAGGAGAGCAACAAGGGGAUUGACAGGAGUGGGGAGAGAGGAGGGUUAGGCUCGAAUACCCAGAAACUCCGGGGCAGGGAUGAGAGGACAGAGCAGACAGGUUAUCUCGGAGAAGCUUCCUGUGGAAGAAGGGAAGUGUGGGAUGAGUAG